AUGGCAGCCACCGUCCUCGUCCCGCCGGCGCACUGCCACCGCGCCACGGCGGCGGCGGCGACGAGCGCCGCCAUCUCGCAUUGUGCCCUCCCUCCCGCGCGCCGGCGCCGGGGAUCGCGCGCCGUGAGGGCGGCGGCGGCUCCCGAGCAGAGCCAGAGCGGCGUGUCCCUCGCGGGAGCCUCCGGCUCCGGGCACGGGAGCGCGGGCGACGACGCCAAGGCCGCGCUGCGCCGAGCCCUGGAAGGCGCGGACAGAGGGAUAUUCGGGAUGACGUCCGUCCGGCGGUCGGAGGUCCACCGCCUGGUGGAGCUGCUCGAGGCCCGAAACCCCACGCCGGAGCCCACCGCCGAGCUGCGGGAGAAGGUGGACGGGUGCUGGAAGCUCAUCUACAGCACCAUCUCCAUCCUGGGGAAGAAGAGGACCAAGCUGGGGCUCAGGGAUUUCAUCAGCCUAGGGGACUUCCUCCAGAUAAUUGACGUCAAAGAGGAAAAGGCGGUGAAUGUGAUCAAAUUCAGCGCGAGAGCAUUUAAGAUAUUGUCGGGGAAGCUCACCGUCGAAGCUUCGUACAGUGUCACUAGUAAAACGAGAGUGGAUAUCAAACUUGAGAGUUCAACUAUCACCCCAGAACAGCUAAUGAAUAUAUUUCAGAAGAACUACGACAUGCUCCUGGCCAUAUUCAACCCAGAGGGUUGGCUAGAGAUAACUCAGUCAAUCGAUCAGUGA